GCGGCCGCUCGCAGCCAUGCCGGGCCCGGGGCGCUGAGCCGGCCCCGCCGCCGCCCCGCACAAUGGAGGAGGAGAGCAUUAAGCAGAGUUCCCGUUCCUCUGAGGCAGCUGAAGAUGAAAAGGACCAGAGGACAGUGACAGUCAAUCCCUCUCACAUGAGAAAGGCUUUCAAGGUCAUGAAUGAAUUACGGAGCAAGCGGCUCCUGUGCGAUGUGGUGAUUGUGGCCGAGACCGUGGAGAUGGAAGCUCACCGGGUGGUGCUGGCAGCCUGCAGCCCCUAUUUCUGUGCCAUGUUUACAGGAGACAUGUCUGAAAGCAAGGCCAAGAAGAUUGAGAUCAAGGACGUGGAUGGGCAGACCCUGAGGAAGCUGAUAGAUUACAUCUACACGGCGGAGAUCGAGGUCACCGAGGAGAACGUGCAGGUUUUGCUGCCAGCUGCCAGUUUACUGCAACUGAUGGACGUCAGAAAGAACUGCUGUGACUUCCUGCAGUCCCAGCUGCACCCCACCAACUGCCUUGGCAUCCGCGCCUUUGCCGACGUGCACGCCUGCAGCGAGCUGCUGCAGCAGGCCAACGCCUACGCAGAGCAGCAUUUCCCUGAGGUGAUGCUAGGAGAAGAAUUUCUUAGCCUUAGUCUGGACCAGGUUUGCAGUUUAAUAUCAAGUGACAAGCUCACAGUCUCCUCUGAAGAAAAGGUGUUUGAAGCAGUUAUCUCUUGGAUCAAUUAUGAGAAGGAAUCUCGCUUGGAGCACAUGGCUAAGCUGAUGGAGCACGUUCGCCUGCCCCUCUUGCCCAGGGAUUACCUGGUACAGACAGUCGAAGAAGAAGCUUUAAUCAAGAAUAACAACACCUGUAAAGACUUCCUUAUUGAAGCCAUGAAAUAUCAUUUGCUUCCUCUGGAUCAAAGGCAACUAAUAAAGAAUCCCAGGACAAAGCCAAGGACCCCUGUUAGCUUGCCAAAGGUGAUGAUUGUGGUGGGUGGGCAAGCACCCAAAGCCAUUCGCAGUGUGGAGUGCUAUGACUUUGAGGAGGAGCGGUGGGAUCAGGUUGCUGAGCUUCCCUCACGGAGAUGCAGAGCAGGCGUGGUGUUCAUGGCUGGCAGUGUCUAUGCCGUGGGAGGUUUCAAUGGCUCGCUGCGGGUGCGCACGGUGGACGUGUACGACGGCGCCAAGGACCAGUGGACGUCCAUCGCCAGCAUGCAGGAGCGGCGCAGCACGCUGGGCGCUGCCGUGCUCAACGACCUCCUCUACGCCGUGGGAGGCUUUGAUGGCAGCACUGGUCUGGCAUCAGUUGAGGCCUAUAGCUAUAAAACCAAUGAGUGGUUUUUUGUGGCUCCCAUGAACACAAGAAGAAGCAGUGUUGGAGUUGGAGUUGUGGAGGGGAAGCUGUACGCGGUGGGCGGCUACGACGGCGCGUCGCGGCAGUGCCUGAGCACGGUGGAGCAGUACAACCCCGCCACCAACGAGUGGACCUACGUGGCUGACAUGAGCACGCGGCGCAGCGGGGCAGGUGUUGGUGUGCUCAGUGGGCUGCUCUACGCCACCGGGGGCCACGACGGGCCCUUGGUGAGGAAGAGUGUGGAAGUCUACGACCCAGGGACAAACACCUGGAAGCAAGUGGCAGAUAUGAAUAUGUGCAGAAGAAAUGCAGGGGUGUGUGCUGUGAAUGGUCUCCUCUACGUGGUGGGAGGCGAUGAUGGUUCCUGCAACCUGGCCUCGGUGGAGUACUACAACCCCAGCACAGACAAGUGGACGUUGUUGCCAACCAGCAUGAGCACAGGGAGGAGUUAUGCAGGUGUGGCUGUGAUUCACAAACCCUUGUGACACACGAUCAAGCCAAUGUGAGGAGCAGAAGUGAAGUGGAUCCAGCUAGGUGGUGUUGGGAAGAUGACUGACCUCUGACUUGACCCAUCUCAUUGCUGUUAAUGUCUUAGCAUGACAAGUGAUACGUUGCAAGCAUCAUCCACUCUGCAGUGGAUUGCAUAGCCAAGUGAAAAUCCCUCUGGGGACGUGUUCCAUGCUAGACACGAGGUGUUGCUUGUUAUCUGUGGUGCAAUCAGCUGUUCUUCUCGAUGGCAUGUGUCCUGAGAUAAACACUGUGCUUGGACUGCAGGCACGGGAUUUUUUGUGUGAAACAAAACUGCUACGUUUGGGCAUGUGAGUAAAAACGAACGUUUCUGGAUUUCUUCCCUACUGAUGCUCCGUGCACAUUGCUGGUUGAACUACUUACUCACUGUGCCUGGAGGGUGGACUUUAAUACUGGCAGGGGAAACUCCUGAGUUCCAGCAGAGAAAAAACAGCAGAAAUGGACUGGAACAGGGUGGUCUGGCUCGAGUGUGACGCUGUCUCAGCCGUACGUUUGUACAUGCCACUGGACUGCUGUGUGUAUCCCUGAAAUGCUUGUGGAAAUAAACACCAUGUGGUUUUUCUACUUGCCAUGGAUGCUGUGUGCUGUGCGUGCCGGGACCUGCUGGGCAGUGCCUUCCCUGGGGCUGAGCUCUCUGCACCUGAGCCACACUGAACCCACAGCCCCACACUACACAUGCUGCUCCCACGGGCUUUGUUGCUCCUGUGAAACCAGUGUUGCUUGAAUAGAAAAUGUUCCCAACCCACACUUUUCAGCUGUGCUGAAAGCUUCAUUCUAGCUCUGUCCAGCAUCUCAAUGCCAUUUCAUAAUAGAGCAUUUAGAUGUAAAAAAAAAAAACCCUUAUGGUGCCAUUAAUGUAGAGACAUUCUGUGCAGUGAGAGCCCUCUGUCACCCAAGCAGGGAUUAAUGAGCCAAGUAAAAUACCUGCAGUGUUUUAAUGCUUCCAGAGCAGGGAGAUUAACUAAUCACUGUCACUGUAAUUGCUAUUUUAGUCUUGCCCUUACUAAAAGCAUUCCUCUGUUAGUAUGAAGAACUCAAAAGAUUAUUCCAAACAGACAAAUCUAGAUCCAUAUGUAAGAGACCUGUCUUGCUUAUAUACCAAAUUCUUAAAGUUUCCUGUUUAAGAAGAUGUUUGACUUUAAAAUACCUUUUUGUGUCUCCCUAUGAGCUCUGACCUGCUUCUGCAUACAGAGGUGAGCUCCAAAAAGCUCCUCAGCUAAAGGGAACUAGUGAAGAAAAAUAUUUUCUCUACUCUUUUUCUUGUUGUUUGGGUUUGGUUUUUUUCUGUUUUCCACUUGUAGAUCAGCUGAGGCUUUUUGUUGUGGGCAGCUGUCCAGAGCUGUUAUGCUGGUUUCUGUCUCCAUAGAUCUGCUCUGUGUGACCUUUGACAGUAGAAGAGAAAAAUACUUAAAAAUUUAUUUCAGAGGGAUCCAAGCUGCAUCAUCUUGUGCUGCUUUUGGAGAGGAGUGGGUUUCUUCUAUAAAUAUGUGUUCUUUGGUGUUUACACAGUCCUUGCUAGAUGGGUGCCUGCUCACUGUGGGGAAACAGCCCCUGCCUGUGUUGUGUCACUGCCUGCAGAGGGGCUGGCAUUCCCUUCACAGGGAAUGUGAGGUAGCUCCCACUCCUCUUGGGAUGUUCUUGUUCACAAACAAAGGCAAACUGUCUAAAGAAAAUGCAUUACUACUCUUUAUGCUACCCUUCCACUGUAUGUGAGCUCAGAGGUCUUGAAAAUAAUAAUUAAAAAAAAAAAAUUAGUCCUUUCCAUAAUACCCGUUAAACCUUUUGCUUUGAGUUUUACAACCUGCAGUGAAAUGUGCCAAAACCAAUACUGUGACAUACUGCUCUCCUGUGAGAUGUUGCUUACUGCAAAAGCCAUUGAGGCUGGUAGGAAUGUACCCUGGUAGGAAUUUACAUCCCAGUAGGAAUGUACAUCCCAGUAGGAAUGUACCCAGUAGGAAUGUACAUCCCAGUAGGAAUGACCUGAGUAGGAAUAUUCCCCUGACUGCAGCUGCCUUGGGGUCAGAGUCCUGAGAUGCACCUUUAUGGUGGCAUCAUAAGGAAGGUGAUGAGGCCUCAGCUGGGACAGAAUUCCAAUUAAAUUCCAAUUCACUGUCCCAAAAAGUGCUUCCCUUCCAUGCAGCCUGGUAAUAAAGGAUAAAAUGGGACAGACAAAGCAUUUCAGUGCAAGGUAGCAUCUGUUGUUAGGCAGAGGUGACUGGACAAGGCUGGACAAGCAUUUGGGCACUUGUUACCUCUGGUACAGACAUAAAGCUAAAUAAACUCCUCUAUAAGCUACUGUGCAGCCCAGCUGCAGCUCAACAGUUGGGAACAGCUCCCAGCCAACAUUCUCACACCUCUGGCUUCACUGGAGUAGAGGCCAAUAUUACCCAGAGACUAUGAGUUUAUGUGGGCUGGAGAUAAAAAUUGGUAGGUACUGCUAGAGAGGGGCAAGGCUGCAAUUUGCUGUGUUUGUCAGGUGGGCAAAGUGGGUACAACUGGAGGUGGGAUAAUUUUAUCCCCUGCUCUCCAUCUGUUCACAGACCUUUCUUAAUUACUAGGUUUUGGUGGUUCUCUGCUCUUGUAAAAUGGCAUUUCUGCCCAGUGCUGGCCCAGAGCUGGCAUGCUGGACAGGGCUAGGACUCACAGCCCUUGCCAGGGGUGGGGGAUGCUGUUCCCAGCCCAGCCAGUGCUCCUCGUGGUGUUCCCUCCCUUCCUUCCCAAACGUUGCAGUGUUAUGCAAGUCAAGUGACCUCGUUCUCCAGCUAUGCAAUACAAACAACGUGUGAUGAACCAGCUGUGCCCCCCCACCCCCAAAAUGCUUUUGGAAUUUGUCUUUGAUGCGUGGUUUCGUGUUUGUAUUGUUCAUUUUGAGCACCUGAGCCAGAUCCUUUACAGAUUGCCUUUUUCUAGGACUGAAAACGUAGCAUUAGUACUAACAAAUUUUAUUGUAAAUAUUUUUAUAAGACGAUUUAAAAUAAUAUUUGGAUUGCUUUUUAUGGUCUUCAGUGACAUUUCUGGAUCUAAUUCGUGCACUCCAGUGUGGUUUCUGCUGGCUGUGGUGUAGGUGUGACUCUGUAUGUUCUCUGCACAAGAAGUGCCAUGUUGUAAGGAAGAUCUGGGAUAGGUGCUGUGUUGGUUUGAAUGUUAGAAGGACAGCCUGGGCUCCACAUUAUGAGAUAAAUUCAGACCCAUUACCUCAGUCACCAGUAGGCCCUUAGAUUAUUGGUUAUUUUACAAUGAUUCCAAUACCCUGAUUUAAUUUCCUCGUGCCAUGAGUUUGGUUCCUGGGCAGUUUGGGGGACAAGCUGUCACUUGGUCGUUCUGUUUCUUGGCUCCUGCAUGAGCUGCUUGAAGACAGAGAUACUGCCCACAACAGCCUGGGCACAACCCCCAGAAUGCCAAAAUCACACAAAUUAUUGCAGGAGUUUUACUAAAAGCUUUACAGACCAAAUUUUAACCUCUUCCUCAUGUUGGUCCUUGGUGAAUAUGCACACUUUCCUCAGCUUCAUUCUGUUGUAAUCUCUUUUUGGGGUCACCCUGUGCUUGACUCCUGUGGGUUUGUGGCCCAGGGUUUCCUCAAGGGGAUUUUGCUGCUGCAGAAAAGCCCCCGGGAUGAGCCCCAGCCCCAGGAGCAUCAUGUGUGGUGCACACCCUGCUGGGCUCUCAGCAGAUCUAACUCAAGCAAGCUGUUGUUUAAACAAGUCUGAACGAAGUCCAUCUUUUCCAUUGGUGCCUAAUAGAUAAAUUGGGGGUGUUUAAAAUCAAUUUUCAGUUCAUUCAGUUUAUCCAAACAGUGUCUUUUUAUGGAUGUGUACAACAAGUAAUUACCAUAAAUACACUUGGCAGUGUUUGCAUGUCACCACCAUGAAAGUUUAAUACUCUUCUCUGGUUUACAGUGUUUGGAGACCAAAAUCCUUAAUAUCCAGUGAGGUGUGGUGCCUGUUCAUCAACCAAUGAUGGCUCAAAGGAUAAAUGCUGUAUAUCAGGCUACUGUGAUGGUUCAACAGAUGAAUGCAGCUUGGUCUUAACCUUUGGGAUUCAUUAUUCAUAGAUUGUCAAAGCAGUUGCUCCCUUUGCCCACAUCAUGCCCAAAAAUCACUUUCAUGUGAGCAUUGUUGCUCAAAGCUGCAGUGUUUGGGAGUGUACUAGAUAUUAUGGUCUGAAUAUGGGCUCAUCCACUUUUUUUCAUCCUCCUUUAUCUUUGUUUAUGGGUUUAUAAAUUAUUUUCCUCUUCAGUGAUAAUAAAUAAAUAAAUAUUGAUAAUUUUAAUUUGUAUAUUUUAUGUAUAAAGACCCUCAAGGGUAAUGAAUGAUUUUGAAGUAAUUUACUUGGGUGUGAAAAAAUUUUGGUUUUGUAAACCAGACUACUUUGGUUCAGUAGCUGACAGUAUACUCUAACAAGUUGGUUGACUGUUUAGGCUCAUUUUUUAAAUUAGAGAUUUUUGCAUGAGUGUGGAGGACAAAGGACUUUGCAAAGUAACUCUCUUGACAGCUGUCUUGUUCAGAGCGACGAACAACUCAAGAAACAUUCUUCACUGACAUAUUUCUAUUAUGAAAGAAAAUCACACCGUAGUUCCCCAUAAUUUAAUUUGAAUAAAAACUGGACUAAUGAAACUU